AUGGCCUCCCCGCCGCCGCCGCCGCAGCACACGGACUCCCAAACCGACGUCCUCAUCAUCGGCGCCGGCCCCGCGGGCCUCAUGGCCUCGAUGUACCUGUCGGAGCUGGGCAUCGGGCACCGCAUCAUCGACGCCAAAGGCACGCGGACGCUCAACGGCCGCGCGGACGGCUUCCACGCGCGCACGAUUGAGAUCUGGGAGAGUUUUGGGAUGGCGGAGCGCUUGCGGCGGUAUGGGUGUGAGUUUGGGGAGAUGGCGAUUUGGGGGUUCGAUAAGUCGGAGGAUGUUGAGGAGGAGGUGGAGGGGGAGGAUGGGAAGAAGAAGAAGAAGAAGAAGAAGAAGAAGGGGGGGAUUCUGAGGUAUUCGCGGAGGGAUGUGGCGGGGGAGAAGAAUGGGUUGAUGCAUCAGGGGUUCAUCGAGGCGGCGUUUAUUGAGGCGGCGAGGCAGCGGGGUGGGCCGCGGGUGGAGCGGGGGACGAAGCCGACUGCGAUUGAGGUGGGGGACUACGGCGUUGUGACGGAGAUCCGGAGGGCGACGAUGGGGGAGUUGGAGGCGCCGAGGACGGGCGCGCAUCGUGUGUUGGAGGAUGGGAGUCUGCAGGCGGAGAGGGGGUAUAUCGAUUGUUAUGGGACGGAUGCGGAUGAGAUUGUGCAGCAUGUCAGCGGCGAGGAAGGGAGCACGGAGACGAUUCGGGCCAAGUAUGUGAUUGGGAGCGACGGUGCUCACUCGUGGGUGCGGCAUCAGCUUCCCGAUUUCCGAAUGGAAGGCGACAAUCUCGAUGCCGUCUUUGGUGUGCUCGGUAAGCCUGCGACUCCGGAAGACAUGCGCACGAUCAGAUCAUGCUAAUAUCCUUUUUCAAUCGACAGAUAUCAUCCCGCUCACGGAUUUCCCCGACAUCCGCAUGACAUGCAGCAUCCUGUCCCGUCAAGGCUUCAUUCUCGUCGUCCCGCGCGAGUUCGGCAUGGUCCGACUCUACGUCCAGCUGCCGGACGACUAUUCCAAGACGGCCAAGGACCGCGACGACAAGGCCAUCUGUGCGGAGAUCUUGGACGCGGCGCGCAAGAGCCUGGCUCCCUAUACCAUGGACUACAAGUACUGCGACUGGUGGACCAUCUACCGAAUCGGGCAGAGAGUAGCCAACCACUGCUCCUACCAAGACCGCGUCUUCCUGGCAGGAGACGCCAUCCACAGUACGUCCAUCACUCGCUUCUGUGGUCCGAGAUCUGGCAGCUGACCCCUCUCUAGCACACUCACCCAAGGGAGGCCAAGGGCAGAACGUCUCUCAGCAAGAUACUUACAACCUGUCCUGGAAACUCGCCGGUGUCCUCCGCAACCAACUCUCCCCCGCCGUCCUCUCCACCUACGAAACGGAACGCAUCCCCGUGGCCCGCGAACUCAUCAGCCUGGACCGAGACAUGGCCAGAGUCCUCACCGCACGCGCCAACGGCGACGAAGCCGAAGCCCAACGCGUCUACAGCCGCGCCAUGAAGACCAACGGCAACCAUCUCAUCUACGAACCCAACCUCUUCAUCGCCUCCCCCGAUACCUCCGCCCACCAGCAAGCCGCCCCGGGUCUCCCGAUCGGCACCCGUCUCGCGGGUACCCCCAUCUUCAACCAAUCCAACGGCGCACCGAACAAUUCCCAAUCCCUCUUGAAAUCCAACGGUCUCUGGCGCCUCUGCGUCUUCGCCGGCGACGUCUCCCGCAACCCCUCCCACCUCAGCCGAAUCAACGCGCUCGGCGACCGCAUCGCCUCCCUCGCCCAGCGCUACCCCUCCGCUUCCGCCAAGCACUCCAAAUGGCUACAAGUCCUCCUCUUCCACUCCGCGAGCGUCCACGACGUCGAAAUCGCAGCCUUCCACGACGCCUUCUUCCCGCCGGAUCCGGUCACGGGUAGGGAUUACUUCACCCUCUUUGGCGAUCGUCUGGAAGAUCGAGCAGCAGGUGGUGGUGGUGGUGCCAAGGAGGGAACGCAUGCCGUCUACCAGGUUGACGCGGAGAGGGGUGCGAUGGCGCUCGUGAGGCCCGAUCAGGUCGUUUCCUGGGUCGGAUAUGCGGAUCCGGAGGAUUUGGGUAUGCUGGAGGACUUCUUGCGCGGGUUUAUGAUCCCCCCCGUGCAGGUUGGGGGAGGGGAGACGGAGAGGAGCGAUUCCCCGCAGGCGAAAUGA